AUGCAGAAACAAUACGAUUCUCUCAAAUUGAUCAAAGUGGAAAAUGUUGAAGAAUUUGUGUAUAAAGUUUCACUGAAUCGCCCAUCUAAAUUCAACGCGUUGAAUAUGGAAAUCUGGAAAGAAAUUGGGGACUGUUUUCAGUGGAUAGAUGAGGAUCCAGAUUGCCGAGUUGUUAUUUUACAGGGAGAAGGAAAACACUUCUGUUCGGGUCUGGAUUUAGGCGGAAUAUCACUCUUCAAUGAGAAUGAUACUAAUGAUUCAGCAAGAAAGGGAAGAAAUAUUCUAAAGACAAUCAAAUUUAUGCAAAAACAGUUCACUUAUAUUGAUGAAUGCUCUAAACCAGUCAUUCUUGCAAUGCAUGGAUAUUGUCUCGGUGCUGCACUUGAUAUUGCAACUGCUUGUGACGUCAGAGUUGCAACGAAAGAUGCCAUUUUAUCUGUGAAAGAAGUGGAUAUUGGAAUGGCCGCUGAUGUUGGAACUCUUAAUAGAUUGCCUAAAGUUGUUGGAAAUCACAGUUGGAUUAAAGAUAUCUGCCUCACUGCCCGUCAUUUCUCAGCUGGAGAAGCACUUCAAUUCGAUCUUCUCAGUCGUGUCUUUGACACUCGCGAAGAAAUGAUAAAUGAGGUGACAAAGAUGGCAAAACUGAUUGCUUCGAAAAGUCCGGUUGGAGUGCAGGGAACGAAGAAUGUUCUGAAUUACGCAAGAGAAAAUACGAUUGAGAACAGCUUGAACUAUGUGGCAACUUGGAACAUGUCUCAAUUGUUUACUGACGAUCUGGUGAAAGCAAGCAUGGCAUCCUUCUCUAAGCAACCACAACCACCGUUUUCUAAACUAUAG